UUCCUGGAUCUUCUCCCUGUGUUGCUUGCGUCUCUCCUUUCAAACCCUAACUUGCAAUCCGCUAAUUUAGCCAAAGUUUGGAGGUUAGAUUUUCAAUUUCAUGCAAUUAAUUCCUCUUAUUCCAAUAGAUCUUCUCCGUCACGCUCUCUUCGUUCCUUCUCCUCCUCCGCCGCCGCCUCUGCUGCCAUUGUUCGGUCGUUCGCCACUACCUCGCACCACAACAACCACCACUAGAACCACAAGUUUCUGGAUUCCAAUACCUUCUUUAGAAGCUGGCAGCCUCCGUAGGACCCGAAGGAGGCUGAGGCGAAGCUGGCGAUGCUCCGAAGGGGCUACGCGAAGCAGGUGAAGGAGGUUCGCAAUCUGUACAUCCACGAAAUGGAGCUGCUUCAGAUCGAGAAGGAGCUCAAGGACGAAGCUUGCAGAGAAUCCCUUAGAGUUGCCAAUGAGGAGCACAAGAAGCUCAAGGCCGAAGCUGCACAGAUUAGGGCUCUGGAGCGCAAGAUCGCACAACAAGAAUUCAGAGAAACACUCCUAUUUGAUGGUCACAAUGGAACUGCUGCUGCUAUUUAUGCCAAGGAGAAUCUUCUAAACAACAUUUUAAGUACAAUUCCUUCAGAUCUUAACAGAGAUGAGUGGAUAGCAGCAUUGCCAGGGCUUUGGUUGCAGGAUUUGUGAAAACUGACAAAGAUUUUCAACAGAAAGGUAUAUUGACUAUCUGUUUUUGGGAGAUUAUGUUGAUAGAGGACAGCACAGCUUGGAAACCAUUACCUUGCUACUUGCACUUA